CUCAGCCUGUCCCCCUCUCUCAGUUCAAGUCUCUCCCAAAUCCCUGUCCAUACCUUCUGUCUCGAUCUCGAUCUCGAUCUUGACCGUUUUAUCCCAUUUCCCGAUUCAAUCAAAUGCCCAAUAUCUAUCUUCAUCUCAAUCGGUAAGUUUCAAUCUCCAUUUCUUAAUCGUUGAAUCGAUUUUCUCUUUUCUUUUCUCUUUUUCCAAUUUCCAAAUUCCUGCAAUGGGUAGGGAAAAAAUCAUCAGAACCAAUCGAAAACCUCGAGCAAACCCAAUAAAACCCGACCCCACCGAUCCAUCCGACAAAACCCACAUCCCCGAUGCAUCUACCAACCUUUCAACUCCCACCAUCGAUGACAUAUCGGGCGUUCCAAACCCUAACCCUAAUUUCAACAAGGCCUGUUGGGGCCAUAGCACUGAAGAAGAGUUGCAAGAAUUACUAUUGAAGAACCUCGAAUUCAUAUACACCGAAGCGAUUUCGAAGCUUGUAUUGUUCGGAAUCGAAGAGGGUCUUGCCUUGAAAUCCAUCCUGCGUAAUGGGCAUUGCUAUGGUACCAUGGAUGUUCUUCCGAAUAUAUUGCAUAAUGCCCUCGCGUAUUUGAAUAGCAUCGGUUCUGACUGUAAUUGGGAUUCGGACAGACCCGAAUAUGGUUUUGCCAGUUUGAGGCAAUUGGCAGAGUAUUCACUCGACAGCAUGGUCCGCCACCUCCAGAAGGUUCGGCCCCAGCUGACCGAAGGCGAUGCCAUGUGGUGCCUUUUCAAGAACAAUUUCCAUGUGGGCCACGCGAGCAGCAUGGAGAUGCCGGCCCUGGCCCCGCCUGGUGCCACCAAUGGUGAAACUGCAGAUAGCAGUGCCUCGCCUGGGCUCUCUGGGUUUCAUGGGAGUUGGGGUUUUGGGGGAGUGGAGUUUCCUGUGAAUGCUUCAAUGUAUGUUUCUAAAAUGAGAGAAAUUGAGUAUGUGCCGAAGGGGUUUCAGCUGUCGUCAUUGAUGAAAGCUCUGUUGAACCAGAACGUUCCUGCUUUUGCUGCAGUGAUUCGGGCGAACUCACAGGCAGUACUGCAAUCUCAAGCACGGCAGCGUCCCUGCUCGAAUUCCUUGCCAAGCAAUGACUUGCGAGUGCAGGUUGAAUCAGGAUCCGGAAUCUCAUCAGUUCAAUAUGAGGAGCCAAGAGAUUGUCAGAACUCGGAUAUGAUGAGCUCUGUUUUGGAUAGUUUGGGUAACAUGAGUAUUGAUGUGAAGCCGGACGAGGCUGCCAAUCAGAAGAGCAAGAUGAUUUCGAAUCUAGAAAAUCAGAUGAGGGAGCUCGAGGGACAAUUGAAGGAGCGGAGGGAAUGGGCCCUUAAGAAAGCAAUCCAAGCUGCUAGAAGGCUGAGCAAUGAUUCUACGGAACUGAAGAUGUUGAAGAUGGAGAGGGAGGAGACUCAUAGGCACAAGGGUAAGCAGACACUCGGGGAUUCGACCAUGAAGAGGCUGUCCGAGAUGGAGAAUGCUCUGAGGACGGCAAGUGGUCAGGUCGACCGUGCAAAUGCGGCUGUCAGACGGCUUGACACUGAGAAUGCCGAGAUAAAAGCAGAGAUGGAAGCUGCCAAACUGAGCGCGGCGGAGUCGGCUGCGGCUUGUUCAGAAGCUGAGAAGAGGGAGAAGAAGUACCUUAAGAGGCUUCAGGUUUGGGAGAAUCAGGAGGCUAAAUUGCAGGAGGAGAUUACUGAGGAAAAACAGAAGAUUGCACAGUUACAACGACAGUUGGAGCUAGUUAAGGAGGCACAAAAAGAAACCGAGAUAAAGUGGAGACAGGAACAGAAGGCUAAGGUGCAAGCCAUUGCCAAGGUUGAGGAGGAACGGAGAGCCAAGGAAGCAGCUGAAGCCACUGUUAAAAGAAGGCAGGAAACCUUACAUCGCGAGAUAGAGAGAGACUUCCAGCGCCACAAGGACGACAUCCAAAGGCUGGAACAGGAACUUUCCCGUCUCAAAGCUUCGGCCGAUUCGUCUCAAGUAGAUUUCCCAUCAAAUACUUCGGGCAAAGGGGAUUCAGAAGCUCCGAGAGUAAUGAAUUCCAAGAUGUUUCAUGAUUCGAAUAAACUUCAGGAAUCCUCGCAGAAAGAAGUGAACCAUGGUAGGGAAUGCCUACUCUGCAAGAAAGAUGAAGUUUCAAUUGUUUUCCUCCCAUGUGCCCAUCAGGUUCUAUGUUCUGGUUGCAAUGAGGAGCACAAGAAAGCGGCCAAAACUAGCUGCCCGUGUUGUGGUAUCCAGAUUGAACAGAGGAUCCAUGUUUACGGUGCAAGUUCAUAGGUUCAGUUGGAUGACCGGCCUCUAUGAUGUGUGGUGCCAUCAACUCAGUAAGAUUACCAGCAUACUAAAGCUGCAUGAUCUGCUUGUUGCAGUCAUUGGUUUUUUUUUUUCUGCACUAGAAAACAUUGCCAAGGUAUGUUUGCAUCAUUAAGCAUAAAUAAACUACUGCUUCAGUAUCUGCCCCUUUUGUUAGUCUGGCUCAUGCCUUUGCUUUUGGCAGCUACAGUCCCUAUUACCUAAUGAAUAAACUGAUCUUGUAACUAUCCUCAUGAAUGGAAUUUGAGUAGAUACUUCUAUUGCAGCUCGA